AUUGAAAUGCCUCAAGUCUUAAGUCUUAACCCUCGAACGUAUUUCACAUACUGCGAAAGUGUGAAUAACCGUCAAACCGUUUCUAACCGUGACUAGAAAUUUGUGCAUAUUUCAGUUCGUUGAUAAUCAUAUGCAAGAUGAACAUUGUAUGUGUAAUAUGCAGAGACUUAUUAGUUCCAUCGGACGAUAUUUUUCACACAGCGUGUGGGCAUAUAUUUCAUUAUGCAUGCUUAUGUCAAUGGUUAGAAAGAUCUAAAACAUGUCCACAGUGCAGGGAAAAGACUACGGCCAACAAAAUUCAUAGGCUGUACUUUAAUUUUUCAAAUAAUGAUUCCGUUACUGAAGAUACAUGCUCUUUGCAAGAUAAAAUUGAUAAAUUAACAUUCAAUCUUGCAAUGAGGGAGAAAGAUGUGAAGCAUUAUUUGGAAAAAAGUGAAAACUUAGAAAAACAGACUGCAAAGUUGAGGAAAGAAGUGACCAAAGUAGAACAUGAAUUAAAGACCAAAGACACAGCUAUUCAUGCUUACAAAGAUCAAAUAAACUUCUUUAAGCUACAAAUAACGCAGGUAGAAGAAACAAACAAGGAGCUCGCCAGUGUGAAAAAUAAACUUCAAACUUAUAAGAAUAUACAAGAAUUGCUCCAGGGUUCAGAGAAAGAAGUCAAAGAAAUAUUACUAAGUUCGCAGGAUCGAAACUCACUUGCUACAUACAUAGCUGCGUUGAAAAGAGAACUGCUGAUUACAAUGGACAGACGACGAGAAUGGAGGAGUAAAAUGAGGGUUAUACAACAAGAAUUAUCUAAAGUGACUAUGGAACGAAACUUCUUAACCGAGGAGCAAGCAAAAAGAAAGAAACUGGAACAAGAGGUCCUGACGUACGAAAGUAAAAUAAUGAGUUUAGAGAACGAGAUCAAAGAUCUGAGGGAACAAGGUUCACCGGAGACAUCACAUAUUUGCUGUAAUCGGAAACCUGUCGUUGCGUCGAGCAGCAAACCUUGUGUCAAGUCUAGCAAACCGCUAAGGGUACAAAAUGUAAAAGCUGAUUUCAACGACAGCUCUACCUCUCAUGACCAUGUACCAACUUCUCCGUUCCUUCCCGUGAAUGUUAUGGGAAUAUAUAAUUUAGAGAAACGUCUUCCAAAACGGGACGUAGUAAAAAGUUCAUCGAUUCUGACGAAGAAGCCGCGGAUCGAACAACAAGGAAAUGUACAAACUCGAUCACUGGAAACCAAUAUUACAUACAAUGGUCUUGGAGGCCAUUCGAAACUCGAAAAUUUUCCCAGUUCAUCUGGUGUGAGAAUAAAAAGGUCGUAAAGCCGAAGAUCCAUAACGAAAAGAAGCUAGCACUGCUUUUUGUACACAGAACAGUGAACAAACUGUUUGUAAUUUCUAAAAUAUUAUUAAGGCAACUUGUUUCUCCUAACGUUAGAUCUAUGCUCUUUUUAUAUCGUUAGCUGUAUAUAAUAAGUAUAUUUAUAAUAUGUAAGUUAUUUUUAUUGAUCAACGUAAUCGAAAAUGUGAUAUAGCGUAAAGUUUAUACGAGGACCUAUAUUUUUUAAAUAAAGUUUAGUACGUGACUGAAUCCUAAA